CGGGAUAUAAGUAGAAGCUCCUGGCUGAGGCAUGAACACAAAGCACCUGUUGCUGCUCUCCAGCCUUGAGACACAAGACCCAUCUGUCGACCUUAGCUCAUCAAAACUUCAUCUAACAACACAAAGAACAAUGAUGGAUUCUUUGAUGUGCAAAAUGCUCUGUUUAUGCAUUAUCUGCAUGUCUCUACAAGAUGGCUAUGGAUUGCCUUUAUCAGACCAGCAAGUGCCAGUCCAAGCGCUGCAUCCACACCGCACCAGGACCAAGCGCUGUUCCUGUAACAACUGGGAAGAUAAAGAGUGCAUCUACUUCUGUCACCUGGACAUUAUCUGGGUCAACACACCAAGCAAGCUCCUACCUUAUGGUCUGGGAAGUUCCGCAUCUCGCAGUCGUCGGUCAACCAACCGAUGCGAAUGCCACGAUCCUGCUGAUAAAAACUGCCGUGGCUUUUGCCGUAAAAGCUCAGAAGACAGCAGAACUAAUGUCUUGGACUCAUUGCAAAACGUUACUGGCACAAGCAUUCAUGAAUUGCUGUCAUCUUUAAGAUCUGUGGUCCAGUCCAACAUGGCAAUCGCAAAAGGCAUUCAGUCAUCAAACAUGAACUCUUCUGGAGCCAAAAAAGUUAAAAGAAGAAGAUAGAGGAUUAAGGAGAAAAAGGAUGUUCUGACUUAAUGGAUCCUACCUCCACGGAUUGGAGAGACUCCUCUAACUCCUUUCGCCUUCAGCAAUGAAGUUUAAAAGGACUAACAGUUCUGUGGAAGCAGAAGUGGAAACAUGAAAGCAAAAAGAGGAAAAGGAAGAAAUAUUUGAACAGCCGACUCAAACUUUGGGAGGUUCCUAAGGUCUGAAAGAGGAAUCCUAAAUGGAGGAAUACGCAUAUAUGAAGAUGUCAUUUCUUUUUAUUUCCUUUGAACUAUAACGGACCAAAUUGCAGUUUAUUUGUAAAAAUGGUAUCUAUCAAUCAGAGAUAUAAAAAAUGUCUAUAUCACUGAAGGGUUAAAUAUUCAAGAAAGGUCAAAACUACCAACAGGGCCUAGAAAUUUCGGCCAAAAAGACGAAACACCUGCGUGACCUUUUGAGAUAGUCACCUUGAAAAUUAUCUACAUAGAGAAUUGUGUCAUUUAUAUCCUAGAGUCACCUGGACUCUACAUAUUUGAUCUGCAUUAUUUCAAAUGUCCUUGCUGACCUUUGUUUUACCAUUCCUCUGUAUCAGAGUUGGAAUCUGCUGUCCUGCUUAAUGUUUAAGGCAAACGUCCAAAUAGCUUUUGAAUGAUCAGGCAGUACUUGAAAAUGGCAGCUAAGUUACACCCGGCCCGCAUGGCCAUGGUGGAAUGAAUGUCAUCUCUCUGGGAUUUACGUAAUAAUCAAUUAGCUUAUUCAAGGUUCACUUUUAGCCUUUCCACUCACACACAGUGUGCCUCCUGUUUGCUGAUCAACAGUAAUACAGUGGGUCUAUUGUGAUGGUUCAAGUGUUUGUUUUUAUUUAAAGAUAAGCUAGAAGGUUUCAAUGAUGUUACCACCACCCCCUUGACAAAUGUGUAUCUGAUUCCAUUGUAAUUUAUCAGAGGGAAACUCUGACUCCUGACUCAUGUUAUGUAAUUCAUAAGCCAUUAAUGGUCAGUCUGCAUUUGACAACACUGAACACCAUAGGCUGUGUGACAGAGGCCAACAGUCGGUGACUUAAUGUGAAGACAUUACCUUUCAUCACUGUAAAAGAAAACAUCUCAGUGCUGAAUAUCAUCUUCUGUUUACAAGUUUUUUAAGUUAAUAUGAAAGCAGUAAUUGUAAAUACAAGAAUUUAUUUAUUGCCUAACUUAUUAAGAAAUGUAUUUAUAUUUCUAUAACUGAUGUCUGAUAUUUUGUAUGAGGACAAAAUUAAAUGUUGAAAGUAUUGAACUUCUUGAUUUCACUGUUGAAUAACAUGUAUCAUUAACUACAUCUCUGACGUAAUAAAAUGGACAAACACUUUUA